UUACAGGAAACUAGCGUGGAGUCGUCUACAUGGAAAGGGGGUGUGUGAGGAUAGUGGCAGCGUUUCAUGCAGCUCCAGUGGACACCUAAAGCGGGACUCACUGGUGUGUGUGUGCGCGCGUGUAAGGAGAGCUAACACACACUCUCACACACUUAACAUUUGGACACAACAUGGCGAUGAGGCGCCGAGAGACACGACGACUCUUCCCCGACUAACACAACCAUGUUAUGUUUAUAGGUGGGGAAAGCGCGCGACAGGGAAAUACGUGAAAUUACGCGCAACUAAUUAAACCAGAAGAGAUUUUUCCCGAAUUCCAUUAUAUGUAUGUAGCUGUAGCGGUCAUAUAAAGCACACACUGCUUUACCCCGCUGCUGGAAAUCAAACGCUAUACAUGGCGGUGGAGAAUAUCUGGUUCUUCUGUCUACUUUCUCUCGGUUACUGUGGAUUAUCCGUGCAAGAGAAGCCCAUAUCCGUGGAGCUGAGCUGUGGUGCUGGUCCUGUCCAUGUGGUUCUGGAGCCUGAUCACCCUUUGCUGCUGGAAUGCCACCUGGGGGCCAGUGAGUCCCCCCUCAACGUGACCUGGCUGCGGGAUGGGGUGCUUCUCUCAGAAAGCCAGACCAUCCGGCCUUUGCCCAACGGGUCUCUACUCAUCUUGCCCUCUUCCACGGAUGGCCAGGCUCCAGUGGGUGUGGAGGGCGGAUACAGUUGCCUAAGUACCAGCUCGACAGGAGCGCUGACCAGCCGGGCUCUCACCCUGCAUCUCGCCAGCUUGUCCCGUUUUCUUCAGGAUCCUGAACCUCAGGUUGUGCCAGUAGGUGGCACUGCCCGGUUUGAGUGCUAUGUAGAUGGCUUGCCCACCCCAAGUAUCACCUGGGAGAAGGACCAGGCACCCCUACCUGCACCCACACAACCUCUAGAACCAUCCAGGUAUAUAUCUCUUCCUAAUGGGGUGCUGCAGAUUUUAGGGGUCACUAAAGAAGACGAAGGCUUGUACCGCUGCUUGGCCUUCAACUCUGCCCGCACGCGCUUCAGCCAAGAUGCUUCUCUCACAGUUAGCCCAGGUGCGUCUCAGGAGAGUGAGGUGGUGAUUGUGGCUCCACCACGGAACUCUACAGUGGUCAUGGGUCGUCCGGCUGUGAUGGAGUGCAUGGCUCAGGGUGAACCCAAACCUUUCGUAUCAUGGAGUAGACAGGAUGGGAAGCCUAUAGCUACAGAUGUGGUUGUCUUGGCAACCAACCUUGUGAUUCCUGACACCCGCAGUCACCAUGCUGGAGUGUAUGUGUGUCGUGCCAACAAACCCAAGACCAGAGAUUUCGUCUCAUCUCCUGCUGAACUUCGAGUACUGGCUCCACCAGUCAUCCUCCAGCCCCCAGAGGCGGUGUCCCUGUCCCGGGGGAAUACAGCUCGGUUUGUGUGUAAUAGUUCUGGUGACCCUCCCCCUGCUCUGCGCUGGCUCAAGAAUGGUGAACCGGUCCAAUCUAAUGCCCGGGUUAAGACUCAGAACCCUGGAGUUCUCCUCAUCAACCAGCUGCGGCUGGACGAUGCGGGAUACUACCAGUGUAUCGCUGCCAACAGCCUGGGCACUGCCUGUGCCACUGCCAAGCUGUCUGUCAUCGUGAGGGAGGGGCUGCCUAGCCCUCCUCGUCAUGUGUUGGCCAUACCCCACUCUAGCACUUCUGCACUGCUCACCUGGGACCCACCUGAACAUAACAGUGACCAGAUCAUUGGAUUUUCAGUACACUACCAACGCACGGCAGGCUCAGACAAUAUGGAGUAUCAGUUUGCAGUGAAUAAUGACACAACAGAGCUGCACGUAAAGGAGCUGCUCCCUCACACAGCCUACACUUUCUAUGUGGUGGCCUACUCGCUCAUGGGGGCCAGCCGCCCGUCACUGCCCGUUACCGUGGAGAUGCUAGAGGAUGUUCCCAGUGCUUCUCCACAGCUGUCCCUGCUGAGUACAUCUCCCACUGACAUCAGAGUCAUGUGGCUACCUCUGUCCUUGCACCUGAGCCGCGGAGCCAUCACACGCUACCGCAUUGACUACAGAGCGCUGGAGCAGGUGGAUCACAUAUACUCUGUGGAAGUGGGUGGGAAUGAGACACAGGUGACUCUAAAGGAUCUGAAACCAAAUCAAACAUACCAGCUCCGGAUUGCGGCGGGAACACGAGCUGGGUUUAGUCAGUCUUCUGAGUGGGCCUCGCACCACACACCAAACCUUACUCAGGUGCUCUUUGCUCCCACUGAGCUCAAAGUGAGAGCCAAAAUGCAUUCCCUCCAUGUCACAUGGCAGCCACCGCCCAAUCACACUCAGAUCACCGGCUACAAGCUUUCCUGGCGGGAAUUGGAUGGAGAGGAGCUGGCCAAUGAGGAGAAGCCUAUGAUCAAUGAGCGGAUUCAGCAGAUCAAACUGAGGAAGAGAGUUAAACACCAUGAGGUCACAGGACUUGCUCCUGAUGGGCUGUAUGAGGUGAAGGUUUGGGCGUUUAAUAAACAGACAGAGGGAUAUCCUGCUGUCUGGAAGGGCAGAACAGAGAAGCUCACACGAGUGAGGACAACAGACUCUCUCCCACCAUUGCCACCCAUCAGCGUCAGAGCUCGUGCAAACAGUUCCACUUCUAUCUGGCUCCGCUGGGAGAAACCACACUUUAGCAAUGUGCGAAUCAUCAACUACACUAUACGCUGCAGCCCCGCAGGAAUACGCAAUGCAUCGCUGGUCUCAUACUAUACCAGCUCUUCUCAGGAGAUUUUACUGGAAUCACUGAAGCCCUUCACAAGCUAUGAAAUUGCUGUGCAGUCUAACGGAGCUGAUAUGAGUGGCCCUUUCAGCAGCACAGUGGAAGAACCCACACUUCCAGACAGACCCUCCUCUCCUCCUCUGGAUAUGCAGUUGAGUGCGCUGGAUUCAUACUCUGUUCUUGUGAGCUGGCGCCCUCCACUGGAGCCAAAUGGUGUCAUUUUGUCCUACUGGAUCCUCUACACUGGCAACAUCAGCCAUCCAGAUCACCUGUGGAUACACCUCACACAUGACGGUUCUGUUAACAGUGCAGAGGUCCAAGGCCUGAUGAGUGGGAUGCGUUAUUAUUUUAAGAUGGGGGCCUGCACUGAAGUUGGGGUGGGACCAUAUUCACCUGUGAAGGAUGUCUUAACUCCUCCAAAGAAAUAUGAGCUGGAUAUCCAUGCUGUGACUGGUAUCAUAGUUGGAGUGUGUGUUGGUCUGCUCUGCAUCCUACUCUGCAUGUGUGUCAGUUUCCGCAAUGGAAAAACACGCGAUGUGUCUGGUGGACUUGACUCAAGUUCUUUGAGUCCUCAGUACAGGAAGGGUGCCCGUCCAGUGCCUGCUACUGCGCCUGACUGCAGUGACUGCCAUGAGUUGGAAACCCUCAUGCCCUCUAGUGCACAAGACCCCAACAAACCCCUCACAGACCUCACCGAGCAACAGAGUCUCAUGGGUAACAUAGAAGGGGCUGACGAUGGCCUUGAAGAAUCCAAGCCAGCCUGGAAUGGAUCCGUUAGUCGGAACUGGGCCAAUAGGAUCACCAGAUACAGAGAUACUAUAACUGAGGAUUCUUCUGCUCUCAUUAAUGGAGCUCUUGAGGGACUACCGUCAGAGAACAAUAAGAGCGGGCACGUGGAGAGGCUGUAUUCCCUCAGCAAGAACCAGGUGGAGGCUGAAGUCAUCGUGCAUUCACAGCUGUCUAACACGACGGUUGACCAGGGUCCACAAAGCGACAUGGAGCUCUCUUUGGAGACUCCAUUUUCCAAGCACCCAUCUCCUGGAGAGAAGGCAACUCCCACAUCAAACCCACAUCCAACUUAUGCUCACAGCAAGAACAACCAUGAAACUCAAUCUCCAUCUCCAGCCCCCAGCACUCACAUCUCAGAAGUACUGUCCAAUCACAAUGGACCAUUUGAAAGUGGACUCAGCCAGCCGACAGUGGGCAGUGCCAAAAACCAAGGUGUGGGGCUUACUAAUGGCUUCCAUUCAUCCAAACCCCUUUGUCCAAAGGCAGAGACCCUGGAGAAUGGGGUCCACAGGCUGUGCCCUACAGGAAAGGUUCUGCCCUCACCAGGUCUCCCCGCCUCCCCCUCAUCCCUUGCCAGCUCUGGCCUUGUCCACUCUACCUCAGGGGUGCAUAACUAUGUGUACCCCUAAGCUGGAAGGAGGAAAAGUGUAAUAAAUGAUGUUCCUAAAGUUCUAGGACAGAGAAGGACAACAGAGUGGCACCUUCCUGCUGGAGAAGUUGAUAUUUUCUCAUAGCCACGCACGCCUCUUCUCUUGGCUGUUUUAUUGCAAACUUUUGGUUCCAUUAUUUUAUAUGUAUGUACACAUAGAAUAUUUUUUUUAGCACUAGUCUCCAUGGAAAUGCAUUUUAGGGCAUACCAGUGGUACACUUUAACCCCUCUUUGUGUGCAUGUACGGAAUGUGCUGAAGUGAAGUGGUUUAUAUGUUUACAUGCACACGUGAAGUCAGAGGGUUCUUACACUGAGGUGAAGUCAAAGGACCCUGAAAUCAGCCCUGCAUAUGGAAACAGAACUCAUUCACAGGACGAACAUCACGAGAUCAGUGCCAAUGGGUGAAGAUCUUGUCAGAGAAGAUAACCCUGCCACAAAGUACCACUUCCUGCUGUCUCAGGGUCACCACACAUAAACGCAAACACAUGGAUAUUGCGUAUCCAUCUAUUCCAGGUUUAAAGGGAUUGUUCACCCGUAAAUGAACAUUUUGUCAUUUACUUUUGCUCGUGUUGCUCCAAACCUGUGCAUGGACAAAAAUGUUGUUGUUUUUUUCUGCAGAAGUAAGAAAAUCAUACAGGUGUGGAACAACUUGAGGUUGAGAAAAUGAUGACAGAAUUUUCAUUUUUGGGUAAACUGUCUCUGUAACUUGAUCAGAUCAGAGGUACAUUUUCGCAUACAUACAUAAGCAAACAAACCAGAAUACAAUACAAAUAAAAACACACAUUCCCUGACUGGAGCGUAGUGUCUCAGGAGUCUCAAAUUUAAAGUGCAUGUGUAUAUACACGGUUGCUGUAUCAAAUAAGAAAAAAGGAACAAUACAAAAGGAACACUAAGAGUCCAUAUACAUUUUCUGUCAUUUCAACUCUGAGUGUACCUGUAAAUACACAUUGAUUCAUGCUCCAAGUUUUUCUCAGUCAACAGCACUACCUCAUUUCUUUACAGGAUUGUUUUUUUUCCUGUGUGAUUUUAUGAGUAUAGUAUAGGCGGAUUUGAAGCCGUCUGAUUCAUAGCCUUUGGAUAAUAGCAGAAUCUACUGCCCUUCUCACUCUGUGUCUGUAUUCUUGUGUAACGGUUACUCAAACUUUCACCUGUGUGCAAGCAUAUGUCAUCUGCUUGUGUAGUCCUUUGCUAUGGAAAAAAAAGAAAAAAAUGGGGUAUAAACACAGUGGAAGGCAAACCACACGGUUAAAGAUCUACCUGUUGACAUGCCAGUCAUCUCUUUUUCUCAGGAACUUCUACGCAGGGAGUCUGAGAAGAACAUUUUCCGCCAAACUAGGAAAUGGCCUCCAUCUCUCAGAGGUCUUGUCCUGUACCUUAUUCUUUGUCCUCAGGCCACGCGUCUGUCACCAUUCAGAGUUCAUCUGGAACUGUAAAUAAAUUUUAUCCUCCAUGCAAAAUCGUUUUAUUGCUGCUGAGAGCAGGAUCUGUAUCUGUUGCGCUUCCUUUUUAUGCAUUUUAAACGCUUAUUUAAAGUAGUUUCUUUUAUGUUAGCGCUGUUAUAUUGGAAGAUAAACAUCAACAAACUCUCAAAAUCCUUCAUGUCAUUGACAGGACUGCCCAUGAUGCCACUCUCAUUCUAGUCGAGCUCAGUCAUUGCCACAGUUCAGCUGAUUGUCUUUGUCUAUUUCAAUAACUUCACUGAAUAGUGCUUUGGUGCUAGAGCAAGACUAGGUUACUUUUAAGAUGGUCUUUUGAACAUUCCAGUUUUUGUAUGCGCAGCAGGCCAAACUCAGGGCUGAUCAUGUUGGAAAUGAAGAUGAUGAAUGUCUGAAUUACUCUGGCUGCUUGUUUAAUAAUUACAUUAAGUAAGCAACUCGCAUGUCGUCUGUUGUCACACUUCUAGAUGUAUAGUGACCAGUCAACAACUCAACAACAAAAAGUCUUUAGCUUUAGACUCGGUGCUUUUACUGAGAUUAUAACAUUUUUGUCCAAUAUGCUUCAUGCCAGUUCUGUGUUAAAAGGAUAGUAAACCUAAAACAGAAAAUUUUGACAUUAUUCACUCAUCCUCAUGUCGUUCCAAACCUGUGUGAAGUACUGCUGCAAAAAGAAGAUAUUCUGAAGGAAGUUUCCUGAACAACAUUGGUCCCCAUGCAAUGACUUUCAUUGUGUGGACAAAAAAUGUAUAUCUUCUUUUGUGUGCUAAAUGGUCGCAUCAUUUAAAUUUUUGGGUAAAAGAUCCUUUCAAACGGCAUAAAUUAGUUUUUAAUUUUCAUAAACAGUUGUCACAAAAAUAAUUUUUGUUCUUUUCUGAUAUGUUUGAUGUCACACAUACAGUCUUAGCUUUGCUCCAGAGUCUUCUACAUCAGAUUAUAGUGUUUAGCACGUCCCACCUUCAGCAUUAGGAAUGUGUGGGGGAAAUAAACCUCUUGUUUUGUCUGAAAUUAAGGAAAUUGUGGUUUUGCCAGGGUCAGCAGAUGUCUUGUCUCUCUCAGAUAUGCAUUUUAUUGUUCAGAAUCAGCCCUUCAGGAUAAGUUAAUAUUCAGAUACCUCAUUUGCUGCUUGUUAAUUUAAUUGCAGUUAUAUCUUCAACACGGUACAAAUGUUUAAAGAUUUAGUACUUUUGAUCAUCGUGUGUUUGGCAGCAGAGUUUUCUUAAACUGGAUAAGUCGGUUGUCACAUUUUACCUCAUUUUGAAGCUUCAGACUGGUUUUUGCUCCACAUGGUUGUCACUUAUCUGGAUAAAUAUUUGGCAUAUUGCAGAGGAGAGUAGCAAAAUGCAUGAAAUGCGAGUUCAGAUGUCAAGCCAUACCUCUCAAAACAGACACAUGGUGGCAUAUGGGCCAUUUUUAUACUGUGCGUGUAAUCUGUGCUUAUUGCUCAGGUGCCCUGUCUUUGCAUAAAAACUCUGGAGGAAUGCAACAGCUUACUCUGAUGUAAAGCAAGUGUACACUGAAGUAUAAAAACCUCACCUGUCCUCCUGGAAAAUGAAGGCUUUUAUGACAUGGGAAAAGCAACAACAAAUAUUAAAACUGAUGCACAGACAUUUCUCAAAAGAAAUCAUGUAUUCUAAUGGCUGUUUUUUUCUGGUGCUUCGUGGUGACCUUUCUAUUCUGGUGAUGUAAGAAUUCAUCCUUUUUUGUACUUUCCCCACUCAACCAGCAGACCUGUGCUUUUCUGAGAUUCUCAGCACACAUACUGUGGACACAUUUGUGUGACACCAGCAACAGUAUGGUCUCUGACAUCUGUCGAUUAAAUGUGAGAGACAACAUCAGUCUCAGCACAAACACACAACUAUGCCGACCCAGUAUGAUUACAGCAUGUGUCCAUCUGUUAUUUGUUUGUAUGCUCUCAUGGCCUUCUUUUUAAAAUCAGAUCUAAAGAUUGUAAUGGUUUUAAGACACAGGUGAAGAGAUUGAAGAAUUCAUUGACCAUUUAGUUUCUAUUUCUGAGAUAUGGUAAUAUUGUUUGACCCUCCCAUAGAAAUGUUAUACUCUACUCUGUAGCUCGUUUUCUGCUCUGUGGCAUUAGUUUUUCAAAAUCAGAAUACAUAAGAAACUGUCAGUUUACUCACUAAGACUGAAUCUAAACUUUUUAACUGGAACAAAUGUGCCCUAUGAAUAACUGAUGCGGUGAAAUUAUAUCUGAUGACUGAUCAAAUGUUGGUACUCAAUUAUAUCAUAUACGUGAGCUGUGAAGUUUGAUAUCAGAUGGAGGGAUGCAAUGGAGGACAAUAUGAUAUUAUAAUGUUUAUGUUCCUCUGUCACUGUCUCUGUGAGAUUUGCAGCAGUCUCUGCAAACUUGUACUAUGUAAAUAAACAUCUUGAUAACAA